UCUGUAGAGAUAGCAGAUGCAUCUUACCCUCUUGAGAAACAGACCGGCAUCAUCUCUGUGGCAUCUACCUUGAAUCCUUCCUUCAGAAAUUCUGGCACGCCUACUGUUGCAUACUCAGGGAAAGCACAUGUUGGUUAUCUCUUCGGUGCCCUGCGGUCGCCAGCGGUUGAUCCUCAGGUUUCUUCAGGGCCAGCUGCUGGCCAAAUCUCUACCAGCCAUAAAUUAACUGACACCAGCCCCGAUCUCUAUCCAACCUCUGGCAAAUCACCCGACCCUAUUAUCGCUCCUGGCGCAGGAUUCGGACUUGAGACGCGUCAACCAGGUGGAUCUGAGACCAAUCUGCCGCCUAAGAAGUUGGCCUGCAGUCAAGCUAGUUUUGGCACCUUCGGAAAUCUUGGUCUCGUUAAGGCGUUGCUAGUUACCUAUUGGCCCCAACUAGUCGUCGGAUUCUUCCUUAAGCUACUGCACGAUAUUCUUUUAUUUUUCAGCCCAGUACUGCUCAAAUUACUUCUUACCUUUAUUAACGAAGAAAAGGGUCACUCCGCAGUUAACGAAUGGCAUGGCUAUCUUUUUGCCGUGUCCCUUUUCUUUACCAACACUUUGCAAUCCAUCAUUCUUCAAGCCUACUUCAAAACUAUGUUUAUUCUCGGAAUGCAGAUUAACUCCGUCCUAGUCGCUGCUGUAUAUCGUAAAGUAAGUAACCACUUAUUAUAG